ACCCUGCCCCGUGGCGAAUCUUCAGCUCCAAGUGGCUUUGAAACUGUCGAAGAACAGCGAGAAUGUGAACAAGAAAGUUAUUGAAAUGUGCACUCCUGACUGGAAGAAAUUCCAGGAGAAAGGAGGAGAUGUAGUGGAAAUUGAACCUAUGAUGUAUUGUGACUUGGAGUACCAGGAGCUGCCGUCGGGACCACUCGAGCUGGUUAUUACGGAUGUCAGCGUCUUACAGGGUGGAAUGUUGUCGGGGUACGUCAAGGAUGAUCCUCACGCCGACUAUGUGUUCUCGCAUCUUACACAGAAGAUGGCUGAAUACUGCAACAGUGAGAUCGGUAGAGACCCAUAUUUACCGAAGCCAGAAGAGCUGUGCAUUGCACAAUGUCCACCAUACACGCAGUGGUUCCGCGCGGUGCUGCUGGAGCAGCUGCAGGGCGCGGGCGGGUCGCUGGCGCGCGUGUGCUACGUGGACUACGGCAACGUCGAGGAGGUGCCCGUCGCGCUCCUGCGCAAGAUGCUGCCCGAGUUUGUACGCGGCUUGCCCGUCCUCGGCUCCAACUUCGACAUCGAAGAUUUCCCCUCGGAGCCGAGCGAGGAGAUGCUGGCCCGCGCCCUGGAGUACAUGCGGCUGGACGAGGAGGGGCGCGGCGCGCUCACGGUGCAGCGCGUGGUGCGGCUCGAGGAGGGCCACCACCGCGCCGCCGCCCCCGCCCUGCUCCGCGCCAUGCGGACCCAGCUCUAG